AUAUAAUUACAAAAACAUAUAUUCUUCUUGAAGUCGAUUUUAUAUGUUGUCGACAUGUUUAAUGGUAAUCUUAUGUGUCAUUUUCACGCCGGUGUGACGUAAUUUUUUAUCACAAAUGAUCAUUUUGGUACAUCUAGCAAAGGUGUAGACAUUUUGAUUUUGUAUGUUUUGAUAUUUGAAUGUUCAAAUUCAUGCUGAUAUCCACGCAAUCUCUGCAGCCUGAAGCCUUUGUUCUGUUCUGAUCUGAUGAAAUGUCCCCUCUCCCCUCCAGUCAUGUCGUACCAGACUGAGGUGAUCAGCAACCAGCCGCAGGUGACCGUCACCAGCUUCCAAAUCUCUGGAGGUUCCUCAGAAUGGACCUCCAACGCGUGUGACUGCUGUGAAGACUGUGGCAUCUGUCUGUGUGGGACAUUCCUCCCCUGCAUCCUGGGCUGUAAGGUGGCCCAGGACUAUGGUGACAGCUGCUGCCUCCCCUGUUUGCCCGGCGCCAUGAUCGCGCUCAGGACCGGCAUCCGCAACCGAUACAACAUCGAGGGCUCCAUCUGUGAUGACUGGGUGAUCAUGGCCUGCUGCCCGCUCUGUGGACUCUGCCAAAUGGCCAGGGAACAGAAAACCAGAGGCUGAGGAAGACCGUGGCGGAGGAAGACUCCCAAACCUCACUAUAAAAAAUGAAAAAAGAACAAAAA